CAGGAAGGGAGAAGGAGAACAGAGGACACCAAGUUCCCGCAGCAAUCGUGAAUCUCGGCAAAGAGGAGGCUGUGGCUCCGACGGUGCAGGAGUGUGCUCCACGGUGGAGCUUGCGGCCAGAGCGUCCGCGGCUAGGGGCGCUCGGACCUUCUGCUCUCCGCGGGGCGGUGGCCCAGGACCCCAUGAGACGCGCCUACGAAGGGCCAGAGAUCCGAAGCCCGGGAGGCGCGCAGCGGAGGCGGAGGGCGGUGCUGCAGCUGCAGGAUCCGGAGAGCGGCCGGCAGGAGGCGGCGGCGAGAACUUGAACUUGGCGUCGGGAGCAGGCGCCCCGAACGCCCCCGCCGGGGCCGGGGCGCCGAGGGACCUGGGUGGCAGCUCUGCCCCCCGAAUGGCCGCGGCGGCGGACCAGGUUCCCGCGCCGCGGCCCUAGGCGGCCUCUCGCAAUGGCCAAGUGGCUGAACAAGUACUUCAGUUUGGGCAACAGCAAGACCAAGAGCCCCCCGCAGCCGCCGCGGCCCGACUACCGCGAGCAGCGGCGCCGGGGCGAGAGGCCCUCGCAGCCCCCACAGGCCGUGCCGCAGGCCUCCUCGGCCGCCUCGGCGUCCUGCGGUCCGGCUGCUGCCUCCUGUUUCUCGGCCUCUUCGGGCUCGCUGCCCGACGACAGCGGCAGUACCAGCGACCUCAUCCGCGCCUACCGCGCGCAGAAGGAGCGCGACUUCGAAGAUCCCUACAACGGGCCUGGCUCGUCGCUGCGCAAACUGCGCGCCAUGUGCCGCCUGGACUACUGCGGCGGCGGCGGGGAGCCGGGCGGGGGCCAGCGUGCCUUCUCGGCCUCGUCCGCGUCGGGCGCCGCCGGCUGCUGCUGUGCCUCUUCGGGGGCGGGUGCCGCUGCGUCCUCGUCCUCGUCCUCCGGCUCUCCCCACCUCUACCGCAGCAGCAGCGAGCGGCGGCCUGCCACGCCAGCCGAGGUGCGCUACAUCUCCCCCAAGCAUCGCCUUAUCAAAGUGGAGAGCGCUGUUGGCAGCGGUGCUGGGGACCCCUCGGGGGGCGCCUGCUCAGGGGGUCGCACCUGGAGCCCGACGGCCUGCGGAGGCAAGAAACUGCUCAACAAGUGCGCACCCUCGGCCGCAGAGGAGAGCUGUGUUGGCAAGAAGGACAAGGUGACCAUAGCUGAUGACUAUUCAGACCCCUUUGAUGCCAAGAAUGACCUCAAGAACAAAGGAGGAAAGGGGGAGAGUGCUGGCUACAUGGAGCCCUAUGAGGCCCAGAGGAUCAUGGCAGAAUUUCAGAGGCAGGAAAGUGUCCGGUCGCAGCAUAAAGGUAUCCAGUUAUACGACACCCCUUACGAACCUGAAGGCCAAAGUGUCGACUCGGACUCUGAGAACGCCGUCAGCCCCCGACUGCGGGAGAGCAAGCUGCCCCAGGACGAUGACAGGCCCGCUGAUGAGUACGACCAGCCGUGGGAGUGGAACCGGGUCACCAUCCCAGCCCUGGCAGCCCAGUUUAACGGCACCGAGAAGCGGCAGUCAUCCCCCUCGCCUUCACGGGAUCGGCGGCGCCAACUUCGUGCUCCUGGUGGGGGCUUCAAGCCCAUCAAACAUGGGAGCCCUGAGUUCUGUGGGAUCCUGGGAGAAAGAGUGGAUCCUGCCGUCCCCCUGGAGAAGCAGAUAUGGUAUCAUGGAGCCAUCAGCAGAGGAGACGCUGAGAACCUGCUGCGACUCUGCAAGGAGUGUAGCUACCUUGUCCGGAACAGCCAGACCAGCAAGCACGACUACUCCCUCUCCCUGAACAGGGAGCUGUGGACAGUUUUGAGCUGAGGAAUAGUUUUCUCUCGACAUCUGGCUCAAGAGAGCAGCUCCCCAAGCACCUUUCAGGCUAAGGUAAGCCAGGAAUCCCUACUGUAUCUGACUGGGUCCUAUAUGUCAGUCCCAAAGGGCAAUUUCCGUCCUCAUAAAUAUUAUAUGCAAGUAUUUUUAAGUCAUUUCUUCAUGAAAAGAAGCGAUUUAACAUAACUAUUACCCAGGAUUCUUCAUGAAAUAUGCAUCAAGCAAUUAGGUCUAAAAGCAAGAGGUGAGGCCUUGCACCCUGCUCCACGGCCGGCAGCUGCGGGCUGAGUAAUGUUUUAUUAAAGCCCGUGAUUAUGAGGCGAGGUGGGGCCUGUUAUUAGGCCUGGCGCGCCAGGCACAUUUGAUAGUCCUGAUGAUGAGGAGGUGCUUUUUGUGAUGAUAAUGAGCAAUCUGAACACCCAUGACAGCUUCAGCACCCCUGGCCUCCGCCAGCCUUACAAGACUCAUUAGAUAGGUCACCCACCCAAGACACCGCUCACUGUGACUUUGCUCUUACAUGAUGUCCUAUCAAAGCAGAUGGAGCUAGCUGAUGGAAAAGGGAGAGACGGACAGGGAGGCCACCCUGGCAGGACGCGUCCUCUUGAGCUCCCCGGGGUGAUGCACCCCAGAAUGAGGGAGCCUGUGCUACCCAGGGUGGGGUGGCCCUGAGCUGGGCUCACCUGCCAUGCUGUGCACCUCAUCCAGGGCGGUGAGCCUUCUGGCCUUGGUUUUCCCCAGGGUGGGUGUCCCAAGGGAUUAAGAGAAGAUUACCCCAGGCUGCUUUCGGCUCUGAGCUGCACCCCCCUGUGCAUACUCCUUAUCUGCUGAAGCCUCUGUUCCCCACAGAGGUUUUCUUUUUCUCCCUUCUCAUGCUGGCAUCUCCUUUCACACAGAGGUAGGAGGCACUGAAGCUACCCCCGGCACCAUUUUUAAAUCUUCACCUAUUGUUUGGUGACAUCUCACUCCUGGGGACCUUGUAGCCAAUCAGAACAUACUGUUACACACAUGUCCCAGGAGUGUGUUCAGACAAGGUAUAUCACCAGACCUUUGUGGUGGUCAAGGAUUGGCGGAUAGUCUCUCUGGCCCCUUGUGGUGGCCUUGUUCCUGGCCCCUUGGAGGGCCCCUUGUACAUGUGCUGAAUGUGGCCUUCAAGUCCAGCCCCUCCGCUGUUUCUGACUGCCAUCACUCCUGUGCUGUGGGCACUGUUGAGGACAGAGGCUCACUAUGGGGUCCACACUUGCUCAGGGUCCGAUACCUCUCACCUGCCACCCUGCCUGGCCUUACAGGGAGUGUUCAGAGUUGAGUGGGACCCUCUCUUGGAUGUGGGAGUGCUGAGGUCAGGAGCACCACUCUGGGCACCUAUUGCUACUGGUUGCUAUGUGACGUUGGGCCAGUUACCUCCCCUAUCUGUACCUCAUGCUCAAGGACACUGGGCCUGGCACACAGGAAGUGCCCUGGAAGCCCUGCCCCCACAGGCAGUCCUGGCUGAUGCCCCAGUGAGAACAGGACUGGGGAUAGUGGCAUCAGUGGAGGGAGGAUGUGAAGCUGCCUCCAGACCCCUUUCUACAGGAAGCCCUCGGGGGUAGGCAGCAGAUUAUAUGUGAGGAAUCCAGGAUUCAGGGCUAGGAGCCAUCAGAGGCCAUCUAGUUAGCCUCCCUGGGAUCCAGUGGGAAGAGGGACAGAGCAAGGCACAAGGAUGAGUUGAGGGCCAAGGAAUCAAAGGGUGCAUGCAGUGCCUGAGGCCAGGAGGCUUAGCGUGUGGCCACACUCUGGGCAUUCAUGGGACCCUGGUGCCAGUCCCAGCUCCACCUGGUCUCUGAGCUUGGUGAGCAGACUGCUCCUUCGGCACAGCCUGGUUCAGGAUGGUAAGCUAAUGGGUGAAGUGGAAGUGUGUUCGUGGAGUAACUCUCAGGCCCAGGGAGUCAGGAGGGCUUCGCGGAGGUGUUUGCCCGCCGCCCUCCUUGCUGUCUGUCAGCAGGCAAGGUGGAGCUGUGAGACUAGGGCGGCUUGGCUCCUCCCGCCUGCUCUGUCAGAGCACCGCCACCUUCACUGCCCUCGUCCCUUGCUGGAUGGGUGGUAAAAGAACAAACCAAUGUGAAAAUGUCAUACUAUCCCUUAUUACUCGCUUUCCUCAGCUUUUGAAUGUGAAAUCGCUGGCCUGUGCUUUGUACCCACAGAGCCAUGGCAGUCACACGCAGCCUGCCUACAGCUGUGACCGUCUCAUGCUCCUCCGCUUUGUGACCCAGCCAUAGAUGCGUGCGAAUCACAACGCCUGGUGGUCUGGCUCCCACAACAUCACCCCACUUAGCACACACGGGGGCAAACAACAUGCCGAAGGUCACACCCCCCUCCCUGCCUGGGCAUCACUUGACUUCUGAGUCCACACGCCCCCCUUUUCCAGGCCCCGCUGAGCACACGGCCUCGGAGAGCUUAGAGCUUUUUAACUCUCUCUGCUGUUCACUGCUUCAUUUAAGGUCCUUUCCAAGCUGGCGCGGAGUCCUGGUCUCUUCGGUGUGGUGCGUGGGUGAGUCUUCGCUGUCACGGGCUUGUGCGUUUCUAACACACACCACUUCCUUCCCACCGGCUGAAGCAUGCGCGCCUCCUGCCGCUUAGCCGUGUUGCGGCAAUUCUCCAGUGAAGUGACCCUUCACUGAGGAGCAGAGCUUGCCACAGGCUCUGUGAUUAGAACAUUUCCAGCCUUUAAAAAUCUUGAUUUCAAUUCUUUACAGCAAUUAUUCUCUCUUGAAAUGUAAUUGCUCUCCCAAUGGUUUCCGUUAAGACGAGGGUGACGUCUCUAAGCAUAUUAUUACAAGCAGAUGAAUUGCUCAGUGCCCGCACUUUAUUAAGCAUUCGUUCUGCCCAUUUGAAAAUGGUCUAGGAGCCCAGAUUCAGGUAUUUAUAAUAGAAUGGGUGCCAGUGGGCCCGGGGAGCCUAGUCCUGACUGGCAGAGGUGUGUCUAAGCCCUCUGGGGAACAGCAGAAGCCAGAAGAGGGGUUUGGGCAGAAAGGCCACUCUGCGUCCACGCAGAGUCUGGGUGGGGUUGGGAAGGGACCACCAGGAGGAUGGUGGCACGAGGUUAGUCAGAAACACCAGCUUUCUAAGUGGCAGACCCUUGGUCAAUUGGACUGUGCUUUGGAAAUGCUAGCGGGGUGUCCAACCUGUGGCUGUGUGCUGCAUACUGAUUAUCUGAGGACUGGUUUGCUUGUCAGUGGUGUCAGAUAUCACAAAAAGUAUGCACAGACCUUUUUUUUUUGUUCAGCAGCUUUCUUUAGUGUUUGUGUAUUUACUUUGUGUCCCAAGACAACUCUUAGCUUUCCAAUGUGCGGCAGAGAAGAAAAAAGGUUGGAUGCCCCCACCUAAAGCAUCUGUAGAUGUGGUGGCAGAAUCAUAGUGGAAAAUCAUAAAAGGCCAGUCUCGGGGCCAAGUGGGCAGGUAAAGAGCCGCAGGACAAAGAAAAGACUGAUGGAGGAGUGAGUGACCCAUUUAGAGCUCUGGGCAAGAACUGGGAGAGGUCUGCUGGGGCCAAGCAAAUACUGGUGGGAGAAACAUGGUGUCCACUGUCUAUAAGCUGAUGCAGGGCAGGCUGCAAGGGCUGUGGGGCACACGGGCCCUGCUGUGAUCUCAGGGAUGCACCCAUUGCCCUCCCUUGCAGACGCUGCAUGUGGUUCACUCCUCAACAUGUCUGAAGCCAGGGGUGGUGGGCAGACUGGGCUCUGCUCCAUGGCACUCCUGGAAAGGCCUGAGUAUCUGUGGUACAGUCAGGUGAAGGAAGGAGCUCUGCCCAGCAGACGAAGCAUAGGCUAGGCCUUGGGGAAUGUGGGGUUUACUGAGAGAGAAGAAGGCAGAUGGGGAUACCAUCCAGGGGCAGGCUGGGAAAGAGUACACUUCUGCCCACAUUCCAUUGGCUAAAACUAGUCACAUGGGUGCAGGGGAGGCUGGGAGACGUAGUUCCUCACUGGGUGGCCCCUUCCCAGUGAAUUUCCUACUCCCCCACCACCCUGUUUCUUCAUCUGUUCAUUGAGGGUGAUGUCCCCCUUGCUGGCCCCUUUGUCUUGGCACUGGGGACAUGACACACUUUGCACCUUCCCAACAAGGCUUAAACAAUUAUCCUGUAACAGGAUAAUUGAAGAGGGGAAGAGGGGUUAAGUUUUGUUUUGCUUUGUUUUUUUCCCUGAAGAAGCCCUAGGAAGCUUUGUGAGAAGACUCGUCUACGGCAAUGGCUGCUGCUGGCUCCUGGUUGGAUGCUGGAAUUGGGCGUGCUCACGGGUGCAGCUGCAUUUCAGCUGGGCCUGGGUCCUGGCUUGGAGAGGUGCAUCUCACAGUUCCUUAGAGGCCAGGAUCCCUUCUGUCCCAGCAGCUGGGGAGUCUUGUCCCCUGGCACACCUGGUGCUAGAGGGAUAGUUAAGAAGGGAAUGAGUAUGAACACAGGACACACCUUGCUCAGAGCAGGCUCUAGUGCCUUUCUGACAAAGUGCUUCCUGCUCCCAGGCCCAGCAACACGCAGCCUUAGCCUUCACUGUUCUGCAUAUCCUAACAACCUCUG